UAAAAACUGAAGAUAAAAUGUCAAAUCAUACUGAACUUAUCAAUCUCUACGCCUUCGGAAAUCUUCUACGAUUCUCAUCGAGCCCUAGACUCCGAGAAGCAUGGAACUCAAGCCAGGUUUAUCGGCUUUGGUCACCGGCGGCGCCUCCGGAAUCGGUAGAGCACUUUGCUUGGCACUUGCACAGAAGGGAGUUUUCCUCACCAUCAUUGAUUUCUCUGUGGAGAGAGGAAAGGAAGUAGCAUCUCUGGCAGAGAAAGAGAUUACUAAAUUCCAUGCUGGACUGCAGUUUCCGCCAGUAACAUUCAUCAGAUGUGAUGUUACUAAUAAAGGAGAAUUAAAAGCUGCUUUCCAGAAGCAUUUGGAAACUUAUGGACAUCUGGACAUCUGCAUUAACUCUGCAGGCUUGGGAAGUAAUGUGCCUUUCCAUAAAGAUCAAACAGAUGGAUAUAAAACUUGGAGGCACACACUUGAUGUUAACCUCAUUGCUGUUAUUGAUUGCACCAAACUUGCUAUCCAAAUCAUGCAAACCACACAAAAACCUGGCGUUGUUAUAAACUUGGGAUCUGCUUCAGGACUGUAUCCAAUGUAUGCUGAUCCUAUCUACUCUGCUUCAAAAGGGGGUGUCGUCAUGUUCACAAGAUCACUCGCUCUAUACAAGCGUCAAGGAAUACGUAUCAAUGUGCUUUGCCCUGAGUUUGUUCAAACAGACUUGGCUUCAAAGGUGAAUCAAGAUUUCAUUAAUCGAGCUGGAGGGUAUUUGUCAAUGGAUAUGGUGAUCAAAGGUGCUUUUGAACUUAUCAGAGAUGAGACUAAGGCAGGGUCAUGCCUGUGGAUUACCAAACGUAGAGGAAUGGAGUAUUGGCCAACUCCAGCUGAAGAAGCAAAAUACCUCGUGCAUUCUUCUAAAUUACGGAGAAGAUCUUCAACUUUUGUCCCACCAAGUUUUCAAAUUCCCCAAAGCUUUGAGAAAAUAGUUGUACACACCUUGAGUAACAAUUUUCGUAGCGCUACCAGAAUUGUGCGUGCUCCAUUGCAAUUGCAUAUCAAACCAGAUCAUGUUCUUUUUAAAGUCAUUUAUGCUGGUGUUAAUGCUAGUGAUGUAAAUUUUAGCUCUGGACGUUACUUCGGUGGUGGUAAAGAUGUUGACUCCCUCCUUCCCUUUGAUGCUGGAUUUGAGGCUGUGGGGAUAGUUGCUGCGGUUGGUGAUUCUGUGAGAAAUUUGAAGAUUGGCACUCCAGCUGCCAUUAUGUCAUUUGGUGGUUAUGCUGAAUUUGUCAUGGUACCCGCAAAACACAUCCUUCCAGUAGCGAGACCAGAUCCAGAAAUAAUUGCAAUGCUAACAUCUGGACUCACUGCAUCAAUUGCUUUAGAAAAGGUUGCUCAAAUGGAAUCGGGAAAGGUGGUUCUUGUGACUGCUGCUGCUGGAGGGACAGGGCAGUUUGCUGUGCAGCUUGCAAAAUUAGCUGGAAAUACAGUAGUUGCAACUUGUGGAGGUAAUGAAAAGGCCAAUCUUCUGAGAGACUUGGGAGUUGACCGAGUAAUUGACUACAAAAAAGAAGAUAUAAAAUCUGUUCUGAAGGAGGAGUUCCCAAAAGGUGUUGAUAUUGUCUAUGAGUCUGUUGGUGGUAAAAUGUUCAACUUAUGCAUGAAUGCAUUGGCACGCUAUGGGCGACUUGUUGUCAUUGGAAUGAUUUCUCAGUAUCAAGGAGAACAUGGAUGGAAACCACAAAAUUACCCAGGAUUGUGUGAAAAGAUUCUAAGUAAAAGUCAAACUGUGAGUGGGUUUUUCCUGAUACAUUAUGCUCAUCUGUGGGAAGAGCAUUUGAGCAGGUUGAUUGAUCUUUUUUCCUCUGGAAAGCUGAAAGUUGCCAUAGACCCAAAAAGAUUUUUAGGUGUUCAUUCUGUUGCUGAUGCUGUUGAGUAUCUUUAUUCUGGUAAAAGCACUGGCAAGGUUGUGGUUUGCAUAGAUCCUGCUUUCAGCCAACAAGUUUCGAAGCUGUAAACACAAAUCACAGAUCAGUGCAACUGCCGGCAUUGGUACUGUCUUGUGCCAAUAGAAUAAACCAUAAAAAUAGUUCCUCUUUGCUCUAUUUUUUUUAUCAUUCAAAUAUAAAAUACUGUAACGUUUGUCGUAAAUCAUAUUAAAUAAUAAAAUAUUUGGUGCAGAAAA